CGGAUUUUAAUUUAUAGAAUGUAGUAUAUCUUAAUGUCACGGGGUUAAAUAGUAAUAUUCUGAUAAUGUAAGUGGCUUUUUCAUACCUUAAGAUUUUGUUCUGAAGUUGCUUUACUACAAUAGAACUUGUCUGGUCUGUCUUCAUUCAUCCCAAUUUUCAGGGCAAUUUACCCACAACACCAAAAGUUUCAAAUUCCCCUGUGAUGUUUGGUAGUCUGUUCUUAAGAGUUGAAAAGGGAGUACAGAAAACAAGUUCAAUCCUUUUUUUAUUUUUCUUUUACCUUUUUGCUCCGAGUAAUCAAAUUUUGAGGAGCUGAAAGGAGUUGAAUGGUGGGGUCACCAAUGGCAUCCAAUCCCAAUUACUCUAUCCCCGCGUUCGGAGGUGGGCCCACACCCGCCGUCCACGUCGGCCCCACCACCGCCGCCGUCGUGCUCCGCCUGAGCGACGCCCUCCGCCGCCGCUUUCAUCUGGGCUUACUUCUCCGCUCCUCCCUCAAGGUUAUGUGUCGUGAGAAGGCCCUCCGAAUCAAAGGCGUUGAUUGUUUUCAAUGGUCAUUCGGUGCUCUCUCAAAUACAUUGAUGGGCUUCAGUUUUUUCAAUGGAGAUGAAGGUGUAAAUAGGAAAGGUCUCGGGAAGCCACAACCUAUAUCAUCUAGAAGAAACUUAUUCGAUGGGAGGAAGUGGACCCACAUUAUUCUUGCUGCUAAUGUCCUAGUAUAUAUAGCACAGUAUUUUUCAGAUGGCAAGCUAUUGUACUGGGGAGCCAAGAUUAAUGGUCUCAUUAGUAAAGGGCAGUUGUGGAGGCUUGUUACAUCGUCCUUCUUGCACGCGAAUUUGGGGCAUCUGCUGAUCAAUUGCUAUUCUUUGAACUCAGUUGGUCCCACUGUUGAGAAGAUAUGUGGUCCCAAAAGAUAUCUAGCGAUAUACAUCACCUCAGCAAUCACAAGUUCAGCAAUGAGUUAUUUUUUAUGCAAAGCACCAGCUGUUGGUGCAUCAGGAGCUAUCUUUGGAUUGGUUGGGUCAUUUGCUAUGUUUGUUCUGAGGCACAGAAGCAUGGUCAAAGGCACUGAGGCCGAUCUAAAACAUAUUGCUCAAGUGAUUGUUUUAAACAUGCUACUGGCUAAUAAAAUAUGGAACUCUGUCAUGCAGACUAUUGGACUGCUAUCUCAAGGCAUUGACAACUGGGGACAUUUUGGAGGGUUAAUAGGUGGAGCUGCAGUUUCAUGGCUUGUUGGGCCUGCAUGGACAUUCGAGUCUGUUUCCUAUGAUGGGAGAAACGUAUUUAGGGAUAAGGCGCCGAUUUUUUCUCUCAUCAAAAGACAUCCCAAGUAAAGAAAGCAAUGAACCUUCAAAGCACAUGAUUUUUUUCUUUGAAUAUCUUGUAAAUUCGAUAAAGACUGGGUUUGAGAAUGGUCUGCAUGUAACAAUUGAUCUAUUUCAUUUGUUUUGUAUGAGUGAGAGACAUGACUUGAAAUAGAGCUUGUAACUGCUCAUUGAAGAUAUUUUAUGAAGUGAGGAAAUGCGAUCCAAAUCUUAGUCGAUCCUUCAACUC